AUGUCCUGCCAGCAGAGCCAGCAGCAGUGCCAGCCCCCUCCCAAGUGUCCUCCCAAGUGCCAGACCCCAAAGUGCCCUCCAAAAUGCCCCCCAAAUUCCGGGGGCUGCUGUGGUUCAAGCUCCGGGGGCUGCUGUGGUUCAAGCUCUGGAGGCUGCUGCAGCUCUGGCGGUGGUGGCUGCUGCCUGAGCCACCACAGGCCCCGCAGGUCUUUCCGUCGUCAUCGUCACAGCUCUGGAUGCUGUAGCAGCGGGGGCAGCAGUGGCUGCUGUGGCAGCAGCGGGGGCAGCAGUGGCUGCUGUAGCAGCAGCGGGGGCAGCAGUGGAUGCUGUAGCAGCAGCGGGGGCAGCAGUGGAUGCUGUGGCGGCAGCGGGGGCAGCAGCUGUGGUGGAAGCCAACAGUCUGGGGGCUGCUGCUGA